UGUAAACGCUUUAGCGUCGUGAGCUCCGAUUUGAUUUUUCGUUUUUUAUUGUUGUUAUUGCACUUGUUGGUGCUAUUGUUGUUGUUGUAGUUCUUAUUAAUAUUUUGCGGUGUGGUAACGGCCCCAGAAUACAGGGGGCUGUUACUUUUGCAAUUGCUGUUGUGGUUUUUUUGUUUUGUUGCAUUUGAAAGGAAGACCAACAAGUGCGCGCUUCACAGCCCACAUUAUUCAUAAUUAAUACAACUGUAUCUACAUACAUACAUACAUUCAUACAUCUGUAUAUGCACUUUUGUUUGAAUGAGUGAGUGUGUCAAAGUGCGUUCAACUACAUUGCAAUAAACAUUUGCGUGUAUAGUAUUUCUAUACAAGUGUAUGUAUGUACAUACAAAUUGAAAGUGAAAUAAGCAAAUGAAAAUAGAUUUGACAACAACAAUACAUUUUCGAAUUGCUUUGCAGUGCACAAAUCGUACGCACUACAUAUUGAAAAAGUGGAACAAUUUCAAAUAUUUGCACAAAAAUAACAAACAGCUGGCUGGCUAAAAAAUAACGUCAGCGACAACGACACCAAGAGCGACAACAAAAAUAACAAAUUACGCCUUGUGUUUUGUGCGUGUGCAUCUGCGUACUUGUUUUUGUUGCUGUCGCGUCAGGAGCAACAACAGGUUCAGUUGACGUUUGUCGCUCGCGUGUGGGCGCCACUGAAAUUUUCUCGACUGACACACAAAGAGCGCCAAAAUGACCGAUUUGAAUGAGCUGAUGGGUUCGCCAUUUGUGCGCGUCAAGCUCGUCGCCUUUGUGCAUUUCUUCUUCAUCACGAAUGCCAUGCUCGGCAGUUGGGGUCAUGGCGCUUACGAGUUCUACAAUUUUCUUUUUAUCAUUUCCAUGUUCUGGACAAUGCAUAGUAAGGAUUCCAUUGAGGCGGUGCAAACGGCGCUCGUCAUCAACGCUUCUAGCAUAUUCUUUGACCUAGUCUGCAUUAUCGUAUUUUUCGCAUCCAUGAAUGGCUGGGCCAUAGCAUUCGCCAUUAUUAAUCUGAUGUUGCGCCCCAUAAGCGUCGCUCUGCUCUACCGUGAGUUUAACACCCGCGGAGGAAGCCUUCAGACCGGAUCGGUAUUCCCCACCGGCCAGCAGCGCAGCUACCAGGACAUCGACAGACCCACGCAACCCACGCCUACCAACUCCCAGCCGGGACCGAAUGUGGCGAGCAUUUUUUAGGGGGCCCUAUCUUCGCCGCCCACUAAACAUCACCCGUUGACGUCUGCCCCUCCCCCUGUAUUGUUGUGCCACGUGCUGCCGACUGGCGAUUGGAAACUGAAAAUUGGCGCUGGGGUGUGAGCGACCAAUCGGUAACCCUUCCAUGUACCUUGAGAACAAAUUGCAAUUAGCCUGAACCUAAUAUCGGAUGUCCUGCUACGCCAUUUUGUUUACAAUUUAAUUUUGAGGGCUUAUUAUCAUUAUUACAUAUGUAUGUAAAUAAGUACGUAUGUAUGUGUAAUUAUUAUAUAUAAUGUUAUUAGUCAAAGCGCGCAUAUAAUAAAGAAAGAAUGAUUUUUUAUAUAUAUAAAGGGAA